AUGAACUUGAUCAACACAGCUCUUGAGGACAAUGUCACUUUUCAGCGUCCAGCACAGUUCUACAUCCUAGGGUUCUCUGGAAUCCCUAACCUGCCUUAUUACUUUGUCUUCCUGUUUGUCAUCUACAUCGUGUCCGUGCUAGGCAACGCUUUGGUCAUGACUGCUAUAUAUGUGGACAGCUCUCUCCAUACCCCCAAGUAUCUCAUUGUCUUCAACCUGGCAUUCGUGGACCUUUGUCGAAUCUCCAUCCUGGUCAUCCUGCUGCUGGACACCUACCUGAUCAACAACCAGUUCAUCUCCUACAAUAAAUGUAUGACCAACAUGUUAUUUACUUACCUGACUCUAGCCAUGCAGUCUUUCAACCUAACCAUGUUGGCAUAUGACAGGCUGGCGGCCAUCUCCUUCCCUCUGCGCUAUCACACACUGGUGACGCGUAAGACCAUGACCGCGUUCACCGGCGCAGUGUGGCUCGUCAGCGUCCUGUUCAACCUCAUCAACGCCGGCGCCAUCACCAGGAUGACCUUCUGCCGGUCCCUGGUCAUCCGAAACUACGCCUGUGACCACGGUUCCCUGUUCCCCCUGGCGUGCAAUUUCAACACCUAUUAUUUGACCCUGCGCUUUAUCACUCCAGUUAUCAUCGUUUGGCUUCCUCUCGGGUUCAUCGUCGUGACGUAUGUCUCUAUUGGUGUGGCCUUGCGCGGGGUCUCUACACGCCAGGGCAGGUUAAAAGCUGGGAGGACAUGCACGACUCAUCUGAUGUUAGUCGCGUUGUUCUACUUACCGUUAAUGAUGAAUUUUGUUCUAGGGGAAGGCAUCUCCAUCAACACCAAAUGCUUUUACUUGUCUCUGACCACAGCUCUCCCUCCUAUGCUGAACCCCAUUAUAUACGUGCUGAAGACAGACGAGUUCAAGGUCUCGGCUAUGAAGCUGGUGAAAACCAGCUCGAGCUUUCUGAAAUUGUGAUUUUUUGGGGGCAUUUGGGUUCAAAACUAGUCCAGCUGGGGGAGGGUGAAACCCAGCCCCAAUGUAGUCAGUACAUGUUGUGAGUAAGCUAUGACUAACCGUAGUUCCUAUCCAUAAAACUAUAUACUACGCAUUAUAUUCAGCACCAAAUCCAUUCCAUGUUAUCAUACUGCAGUGUUUGUUCUGUAUGUGUCUGUAGAGGAACAACAAUCAAACUAUUAAAAUCGAAUUUGAUUACGUAAUUUCUGUCAUUUCCCCCCAAAAUGUGUUUUUGUUCA